UCCCCCAGUCCUCGCUUGCAGAUGCCUGUUGCUUCAGCCGCGUUCUCUCGGAGUCGUGCAGGAGGCUCGAGCACCUCGGAACGCAUCCCGCCGCUGGGGCUGCCGGCCGGGGCAUGGGCGCUGCGGGCCUGCUCUGCGUUUUCUUGGCACUCGUCACGCCAGGGGUCCUCGGUCAGUGUAAAUUCCUGCCAAGGUAUGAUUUUGCUAAACCUAAAAUUCAGAGUGAUCAGUCUGAGUUUGCUGUUGGGACAUCUUGGGAAUAUGAAUGCCUUCCUGGGUAUAGAAAGAUGUCAUUCUCAAUCAUCUGCCUAAAGACCUCCAAUUGGUCAGAUCCUCAGCAAUUGUGUAAACGUAAAUCAUGUGGGAGUCCUGGAGAACUCCUCCAUGGCUCUGUCCUCAUGCCCACGGGUGUCCUGUUUGGGUCAAGAAUUACAUUUUCUUGUGAGAAGGGAUAUCGACUCAUUGGUGAUUCAUCUGCUACAUGUAUUAUCUCAGACAAUAUUGUAACCUGGGAUAAGGACUUGCCUUUUUGUGAAUCUAUUCCUUGUGCACCACCCCCAUCCAUCUCCAAUGGGAAUUUUUACAGCAGCAGUAAAGAGGACUUUUACUAUGGAAUGGUGGUGACUUAUAAGUGCCACGUUGGACAGAAUGGAAAAAAGUUGUUUGACCUCGUGGGUGAGAAGUCCAUAUAUUGUACCAGCAAAGACAAUCGAGUUGGCAUCUGGAGUGGCCCACCCCCUCAGUGUAUUACUUUAGUCAAUUGCCCAAUUCCAGAAGUUGAAAACGGAAUUAUGGAAUCUGGAUUUGGACGUUCAUUUUCUUUAAAUGAUACUGUGAUGUUUAGGUGUAAGCCUGGCUUUACCAUGAAAGGCAGCAACAUAGUAUGGUGCCAAGCAAACAGCAAAUGGAAUCCACCACUGCCAAGGUGCUUUAAGGGGUGUCUACCACCUCCACCUAUCAACCAUGGUAGUUAUACCAUCUUGGAUAAGGAGUUCUUUUCAAUUGGACAGGAAGUGUCUUACAGCUGUGACCCUGGCUACACCCUCAUUGGAACUAACCCUAUUCAGUGUACAUCCUUGGGAACCUGGAGCCAUACAGCCCCUGAUUGUGAAGCAAAAUCAUGUGAUGCCAUUCCAAACCAACUUCUCAAUGGCCGUGUGGUGGUCCCUCCUAAUCUCAAGCUUGGGGCAGAGGUUUCAUUUGCUUGUGAUAAGGGGUACCGAUUAAAUGGCCCAUCUUCUAGUCAGUGUGUCUCAGAAGGAAUGAGAGUACUCUGGAAUAAUAAGUUUCCUGUCUGUGAACGAAUUUUUUGUGACCCUCCUCCUCCUAUCAAAAAUGGUCGGAGUAGUUAUUCUUCUGGUCCCAUACCUCUUAACACUAUGAUAAAGUACACCUGUGAUGGUAAAUUCCGCCUCAUUGGAGAAAGAAUCAUUUUUUGUAUAAGUAAUGACCAAGUGAAGGCAAUCUGGAAUAAAGCUGCCCCUGUAUGUGAAUAUUAUAAUAAACAUGCUUUGUGCUCUGAACCCAUAGUACCAGGGGGAUACAGAGAUAGAAAAUCUAGACCACCAUACAGACAUGGUGAUUCUGUGACAUUUACCUGUAAUACCAACUUCACCAUGAAAGGAAACAAAUCCGUUUGGUGCCGAGCAAAUAAAACCUGGGGGCCGACACCACUACCCAUCUGCGAGAGUGAUUUCCCACAGGAGUGUCCAUCGCUUCCCAAGAUCCCCAAUGGACAUCACACAGGGGAGAAGAUCAUUGGCUCCUUUGCCCCAGGACUCUCUGUGACUUACAGCUGUGAACCUGGUUACUUGCUUGUUGGAGAAAAGACCAUUCGGUGUUUGUCUUCAGGAAGGUGGAGUGCUGCUCUUCCCAGGUGUAAAGAGGCACAGUGUGAACCUCCAGGACCAUUUCUCAAUGGUCAGAUAAACGCCCCUCCAAAUCUUCGGGUUGGUGUAACUGUGAACUUUCACUGUAAUGAAGGGUAUCGGUUACAAGGCCAAAGUUCUAGUCAGUGUGUAAUUGCUGGACAGCGUGCUUCUUGGACGAGGAUGCCGGUGUGCAAAGAAAUUCUUUGUGGGCCACCUCCUUCUAUUCUCAAUGGAAGACAUACAGGCAGCCCUUCAGGGAACAUUCCAUAUGGAAGCAUCAUCACAUAUUCUUGUGACCCAGACCCAGAGAAAGGAGUGAGCUUCAACCUUAUUGGGGAGAAAACUAUCCGUUGUACCGCCGACAGUGAGAAGACUGGAGUCUGGAGUAGUCCUGGCCCACGGUGUGAACUUUCUAGCUCUGCCAUUCGGUGUCCACCUCCCCAGAUCCUAAGAGGCCAUAUAUCAUCUGGACAGAAAGAACAAUAUUCCUAUAAUGACACCGUGGUAUUUGCUUGCACAUUUGGCUUCACCAUGAAAGGCAGCAAGGAGAUCCGAUGUAAUGGCCAAGGUGCAUGGGAGCCAUUGGCUCCAGUCUGUGAAAAGGGGUGCCAAGCCCCUCCUAAAAUCCUCAAUGGGCAAAAGGAAGAUAGACACAUGGUCCGCUUUGACCCAGGAACAUCCAUAAAGUACAGCUGUGACCCUGGCUAUGUGCUAGUGGGAGAACAAACCAUACAUUGUACUUCUGACGGGGUGUGGACACCCACUGCCCCCGAAUGCAAAGUGGCAGAGUGUGAACCUAUAGAAAAACAAGUCUUUAUCAAACCCCAGGAUCAGUUUAUUAGACCAGAUGUUAACUCUUCUUGCGAUGAAGGGUACUGGUUAGGCGGGAGUGUUUAUCUGUUGUGUCGAGGUGAGAUUCCUUGGUUUAUGGAGCGUCGUCUUUGUGAAGAAAUCACCUGCACACCACCUCCUGUGAUUGACAAUGGGAAACACACAGGGAAUAUCUCAGGAAAUGUUCCGUAUGGAACCACGGUCACCUAUACAUGUAACCCUGGGCCUGAGAGCGGAGUGAAAUUCAACCUCAUUGGAGAGAGCACCAUCCGUUGUAUAAGCAAUGACCGAAAAAGGGGCAUCUGGAGUGGCCCCGCCCCUGCCUGUAAACUUUCCCUCCCUGCUGUUCACUGUUCACCUGCCCACGUUGCAAAUGGAUACAAGAUAUCUGGCAAGGAAGCCCCAUAUUUCUACAAUGACAGUGUGACAUUCAAGUGUAAUGACGGAUUUACUCUGAAGGGCAGCAGUAAGAUUCGUUGCAAAGCCAAUAACACCUGGGAUCCUGAAAUACCAGUUUGUGAAAAAGGCUGCCAGCCACCUUUUGGGCUUCAGCAUGGUCGGCAUACAGGUGGAAGUAGGGACCUUUUUGUCUCUGGGAUGACUGUACACUACACCUGUGACCCUGGCUACUUGCUUGUGGGAAACAAAUCCAUCCACUGUAUGCCUUCAGGAAAUUGGAGUCCUUCUGCCCCUCGGUGUGAAGAAGCACUGUGUCAACCUGUGAGAGACGAUCUUCAAGAGCCUCCCGUUUAUUCACAUGUGGUACCAGUUAAUACGUCCUGUCAAGAGGGGUACUGGAUGACUGGACAUGCUUAUCAGAAGUGUCAAGAUACUGAGAACAGAGUUUGGUUCCAAAAGAUUCCACUUUGUAAAGCUGUUCACUGCCCGCCUCCACCUGUGAUUGACCAUGGAUGGCACAGGGGUGUGAUGGCCGAACACUUUCUAUAUGGAGAUGAAGUCUCUUAUGAGUGUGACCAGGGAUUCUACCUUCUGGGAGAGAAAAAUAUCCGAUGCAUAAGUGAUCCUGAAGGACAUGGAUCUUGGAGCAGACCUAUCCCCCAGUGCUUAAAAUCUGUACCUGUGACUCACUGCCCUAACCCAGAAGUCAGACAUGGAUAUAAGCUAAACAAAACUCGCUCUUCAUAUUCCCACAAUGACACAGUCUAUGUUGCCUGCAAUCCCGGCUUCAUCAUGAAUGGCAGUCACUUGAUUAGAUGUCAUACCAAUAACCAGUGGGUGCCAGGUGUACCAACUUGUAUCAGAAUGGCUUUCUUAGGAUGUCAGCCUCCGCUUAAGAUACCCAAUGGGAAUCAUACUGGUGGAGAUCUAGCUCGAUUUCCUUCCGGAAUGUCAAUCCUGUACAGCUGUGACCAAGGCUACCUGCUGGUGGGAGAAGCCUUCCUCCUUUGCACACAUGAGGGAACCUGGAGUCAACCUGCCCCUUAUUGUAAAGAGGUAAACUGUAGCUCCCCAGAGUAUAUUAGUGGACUCCAGAAGGGGCUGGAGCCUGGGAAAAUGUAUCAGUACGGAGCCGUGGUCACUCUGGAGUGUGAAGAGGGGUACACCCUGGAAGGCAGUCCUCAGAGCCAGUGCCAGGACGAUCACGGAUGGAACCCGCCCCUGGCUGUUUGCAAAUCGCCAGCCUCGCUUGCUCCUCUUCUUUGUGGUCUUUCUGCAGGUUCGGUACUUCUUAUAUUCUUGAUUAGUGUCACCUUAUGCAUGAUAUUCAAACACAGAGAACGCAAUUAUUAUACAGAUAAAAGCCCUAAAGAAGAUAUUCAUUUAGAAACACAAGAAGUAUACUCUAUUGAUCCGUACAACCCAGCAAGCUAAUCAGAAGACAAACAGAGUGCGUUGUUCUUGGAUCCUAUUGCACAUCAGUUCGGAAGAAGCUAUCGUAAUAUCAGCAAGUCUAUGUGUAUGGUUUCGACAUCAAUGAAAUGAUUUUAUAAGCUAUGAUUUCCCAUACACACUUUCUCUCAAGCAGAACAAAGAAAGUUUGCUUGAUAACAAAGACGGGAGCCCAGUCUCCCCACCACACUCUCUUCAAGGACUUUUUGAAGGCUCCCCUGUGAUGCGUCUGGAGCCUGGCUAUGGCUCCAGACAAGGAACAGAACUCCGAAAGUGUCGCCAUUUUAAGGAAGGCGCUAAAAAGCUUUGCCCUCCUAACUCGACCAUUCUGCUGUAAUCAGCAUGCUUACUGUCACCAUAUACUUUUGGUUCUGGAGUGGUUUUAACUAUUUAAGCAAAAGAGAGAGCAUUUCAUGUGGUUAUAAAGGGCAUACUUUUGUUGGGAAGUCUAAUUUUAUUUUAAUAGUAGCAUCUUGCUCUCAUAUGGUUAAACGUUUCACCUUUAUUUCCACUUGGUCUGAAGGUUGUUGUUGUUCUUAUCUCCCCCACAAUGUAUACUUUUUCUUUCCAUAUUCACUCAGUAAUUCCAAUUUGCACAGUUUUUUUUCAUUACAGGAAUCAAGUUUCCAUUGUAAGGUUUUGGUAUACAAUUCAGGCUUCAGAUAUUUCCUUGGCAGUUUUGUCAAAGCUCUGUGUCCUUUAAUAAUGUGU